CGGUCAAUUUCUCUCACUGCGACCAUGAUCUGCCGAAGCUGCAGAACGAGCAUGCUGUCCCGGCUGCAGCAACAACAAGCCGUGACAUGGACAGCAUCAUCAGCGCGCCAACUGCCUCUGGCUCGUAGCCAAUUCCGAUUCUACAGUGCUGCCGCCCCCUCCUCUCCUCCCAACCCCCGCCAACCCUCCGUCGGGGAUGUCACCACCCCAUCCGCCAUCUCCUCUGCAACCCCCGGUGUUUCACAGCCCUUGAGCACCCCAGAAGGUGUCCACGUCGAUGUACAGCCUGGCGCUGCUACUAAGCCCGUCGUUGAGCGCCCACCCAGCAGCUGUCCUGCCGGCACCAAGCUGAACGGCCUGAACUACUUCAAGAAUAAGCCCGAUGUCUUCGCCAAGGACGAUUCGGAAUACCCCGAGUGGCUGUGGGAUCUCCUGAGCGACCCAAGCAAGCAGUCCAAGAAAGAUAAUGGUGGAGUUGAUGUGAGCUCCUUGAACAAGAAGCAACGGAAGCGCUAUGAGAAGAAGCUCGCCGCUCGCACUGCUGUCCUACCGCCCAAAAUCCCUGCCCACCACAACUCCCACGAUAUCACACCGGCCUCAUACAACCGCGGAGGUCUCCCCGCAGAUGCCCUUGCCGAUGCCUCCAAUGACCUAAGCCAGCGCGGAGAGGUUAUCAAGAGUGCUCGUGAAGCCCGACGCAAGGCCAUCAAGGAAUCUAACUUCCUGCGUGGUCUGUAA